CUGCGCUGGCGGGCGGGUUGCCCCGGACGGCGGCCACGCUGCACUUUUCACUUGCCGUGUAUAGACUGUUAAAUGGUUCUCACACGAAAUAAGUGCUGACAGUCGUGCAUUUUCAAGCCUGUAGCACAGUGACCAGGAUUUAAUUGACACUAAUUACUUCUGGGGGCUUCAAAUGCACUUGUUCUUGAGCAGGCCCUCAAUAAUAAGCUGUGGAGCAGGGUACUACAGCCUCACGGGAAGCCAGAUAAAACUUUUCAGCCCUCAGAUUGUCAGCAGCAGGGACAAAACUUUCCCCCAAUUUACAGGUAAUCUUCCUUACUGAAGAUGUCUUCAGCACCCGAGCCGCCAACAUGUCAAAAGGAGCCACCAAAAGAGAGAGACUUUCGAAACCCAGGACUCCGAGGGGUUCGCACAACAACAUUAUUUCGAGCUGUGAAUCCAGAGCUCUUCAUUAAACCUAACAAACCUGUAAUGGUUUUUGGAUUGGUAACCCUUUCAGUCUGUGUGGCUUACAUUGGUUAUCUACAUGCAACACAAGAGAACAAAAAGGGCCUCUAUGAAGCUGUGGACAGUGAGGGGCACAGUUAUAUGAGGAGAAGAACAUCCAAAUGGGAUUAAGGUGCUGCUUCCGGCAGAUGGAGCUUUAUUACAGGCUCUGAAAUCUUCAAAUGAAGGACUUUAUGAGCAUAUAGAAUUGUGUUCCUUGUAGAACAUGUUAAUGAGGAGAGAAUAUAGCAAUUGCAACCAAUCUACCGAGGUAAAAUUUGUCCUGUUAAAGCUAUUACCUCAUUCUCAGUAUUUCUUCUAUGGAAGUGCCAUGAGGCUAGAGUGGUUUUGUUAAUUACUAAAUUCUGUAUAAUAAAUAAAUUUGCAUAGAGUUUCUUCUAA